AUGAAUGAAUUUGAACGAGCAGCAAAGCCAUUAUGUGAUAAAAUUGAAAGUAAUACAACAAAUAUAACAUAUUACUAUGGUGCAUGGGUUAAGACAAAAAAUAAUACAUACAAAGAUAUGUUUAUGGGAUGUUGUAAAUUAUGUCAAAUGCUAAAUGCUAUUAAUUGGAUUAUUAAAUUAAAAAUUCAAAUUGUAAUUUUAUCAAAAUUUGCACUUCAACGAAAUGAUAUAUUAUUAUUUCGAAAAAAAUUAAAUUCAUUUAUUGAUACGCAAUAUUUAGCGACAAAACAAAAUUUUGGUAUAAUUCCGGCAUGUGAAUCAUCAACGUAUCAUCUCAUUCCUGUAUUACUUGGAAAUCGUGUUGGUUUUGUGGGUGCAUUUGAUAGAUUAAAUUGGGAAGGUUUAUUGCUACGUGCUCUUGCACCACCACGUCAAAAAGACGUUACGUAUAUGGGACGGUAUACGUCAGCUAUAGCUAACAAAUACAACAAGAAUCAUUGUCUAAAUACAUAUGCAACAACAUCUUACAGUGUAUGCGUUGUAUACGUGUUAUUAACGAAACAUUACGGUUAUGAAUGUUGUUGCUACGGUGAUAAAAUUCCACGUUGUCAAGAACGAAUAAGAAAUGCAAUAAGAACUGGUCCGACUGUUGAUGAAUUGUACAGGAAUAAAAUGACGUGCGUCAUUGAUGGCAGUAGUAUGAGUCAUAGUUCAAAGGUCAAUCAUGGCAGUGAUGGAAUAGAAUUUAAAGGCAAUGUGGACGAUCUAAUGAAUGAAAUGCAAAAAACUUUUUGUGAACUUCAUCUAAAAUUUAAUGGUAAUAAAGAAAUAAAUGUAUAUUUCAACAGUUAUUUUAUAACAAAACAACUGAUCUUAUCAUAUCAGGAAGUAGCAAAAGCUACUGAACAGAUAACUAUUUCGGAUAUCAAUGAAUUAUCAGAAAAACAACAAACAACUUUGGUAUAA